AUGGAUGGUAUUGUGGCUGUGCACGUGUGUCUGUCUGUCCGAACCGGUAAUGACCUUUUGGGGGCUCAGCGGGGAUGCACGGGAAGCGCGGCGUGGUAUGGCAGUGUUGUGCACAGCCUCCCGGCAUCAGGAUGGUCUUCUCCUCCAAAACAUACGGCGUGGCAAACCACCAUCAGCAUCUGUUCCUGGAAAAGGCAGACGGAGGGAAGGAGAAGGACGCUGAGGGAGCGGUCGCCCCGACACCUGCCGGGGAGGACAGCAAGGCGCCUGAAUCCAACACCACCACCACCACCUCCAAUGACGAGACCCCCAGCACCACCACGAGCGCCGCCACUCCUGCACCACCUCCAGCGGGCAAAGGCCUGGGCGUGUAUGUGGCCGCCGCCUUCCUUGUGGCCGAGAUGUCCGGCUCAGGCGUGCUGGCCCUGCCCCGCGCCCUCGCCAGCACAGGGUGGGCGGGGCUGCCGCUGAUGGCGGUGCUCUGCCUGGCGGUUGGGUUCGCGGGCACUCGGCUGGGCAUGUGCUGGGUGUUGCUGGAGCACCGCUGGCCGCAGUACCGCGCGCCCUGCCGCCAACCUUACCCGGCCAUCGCCCGCCGCGCCCUCGGCAUCCCGGGACAGUGUGCUUUAAUUGCUUCCCCCAAAUUCCUUCCACACUCUCCAUCUUCCCCGUGGUGGGGGGUGGUGGUGGGCCAGGCUCUGUCGCACCAGCAAAGGAACCACAACAACGGUGAUCUUCCCAACAGGUUCGUCUCCGUGGCAGGUGUAGUGGUGACGGUGCUGCAGUGUGUGGUGGUGGUGGUGACGACGGCGCUGGAAGGCACACCAUCUCCCGACCCCUCCAUCACCACCAACACUACCUUCACAAACACCACCAACACCACCAUCACGAUCUAUCCUUUCUACACGUCCCCGUCCCUCUCCUCCUUCUUCCUCGGCUUCGGAACCAUCCUCUUCUCCUUCGGGGGCGCCUCCACCUUCCCCACCAUCCAGAACGACAUGGAGGACAGGACUCGCUUCCCUGUCAGUGUCACCAUCGCCUUCCUCGUCCUUCUGGCCCUGUACAUGCCGGUGUCAGGGGUAGGAUAUGGUGUCUUCGGAGUCCACGUGCCCAGUAACAUCCUGCUGGCGGUUUCCGGGGCGGCCGUGACAACUGUGAGGGUCUUUCUCUUCGUCCACCUGCUCUUCGCCUUCAUCAUCCUCCUCAACCCGGUGGCCCAAGGCGCGGAGGAGCUGCUCGGCGUUCCUCAUGCUCCUACUCACAGAUUUCCUGACUGUCACACCCUCACACACGUCCUGCAGGCUUCUUCCCUUACCAACAUUACGCCUCCUCCGCUGAGCCUGCUGGUGGCAGUGGAGGUGGUGGUAAAGUCUCCUCGUGCCAGACUUCCAGGCGGUGCUCCAACCUGGUGGGCGGCUCAACCAUCAACGCUCAUGUCCUUCGUGCUGCCCACUUCCCUCUGUUACCUCCGCCUCAACGACUUGCCCCAGACGACUCAGGACGCCCCCACAGGUUAG